AUGAUGUCCUACCUCACGAAAGCCAGCCUUGCCGUCUUUUGCUUCUCCUCAUUUCUCUCCGUAUACGCAGACGACUCUGCCCUCCCAAACGACAUCGUUGGCUGCAGUGACCUCGCCUGCCCCAACGAGAACGGAGAGGACCGCUGCACUGUCGGCAGCAAUGCUUUCGCCGGCGUAGGGCUGGCACGCAUCCCGAAUCUGCCAUCAGCCCUCCAAGGCCUGUCGCUUGUCAAAGGGGUCAAUAUCUCCGCGUCCGGACGGAAAGAUAGUUCCCCGGAUGACGAGACACUUCCCUUUACGUCGGUAUACUACCUCGGUGCUCCCAGCAGUCUCGAUAUCGACGACCUCGCCGGUUGUGCCGUCAUCUUCAACGACCCGCCACCCAAGCACUUUCCCGGCGGUGGCAAUGGCACCGAUGUCGAGGCCUCACACGGAACCUGCGCGGAUGUUAUUGACGCGAAAUGUAUUGACACGCUCACUUCGCGGGCGGCACGAAGCGUCACCGGCAAUGGCACUUCCUGCUCCGCAUUGGAAAGCGAACUGAGAAGAAACCCGGUUGAUGAAUGUCGUGAUUUCGCAGGUUCCGGGGCUGGACUCGGAAAAUUUACCGUUAGAGAGCUGGCGGACCUGUCCCCCCUCAGCUCCUCGCAGAACUCGUCAUCGGACUGCUGGCCCAUUGCUCCCAAGUCGGAUAAUCUGGUGGAAAUAGGCAGUGACAUUGCUCUGGGGAACUACACCGCGAAAGCAAAUCUCGAGGAAGUGUACAAGAUCACACCGGUGUUGACUGUGUUCUUCGCCGGCCGGGGGGAUCGCCAUCUUGUCAAUAGAACCACAGCGCAGUUGACGUGCCUCAAGGUUGUCACUGAAGAACACCCUGAUGAUGCGGACAAUGGCUCUAAAGAUGCAGCUCCGCCGCUCAUAGUCAACUUGCUUGGUGUGGGAGUGGCCGCGUUUGCAACGGUUCUGCUUACUGCUGUAUUCUAG